CCAGGCUCCGGGGCAUUUCCUUGUUUGUCCGGUGUCCCGACCGCACGUCGGUCGGGACACGGGACAAACAAGGAAAUAUCGGGACAGUCCCGAUAAAAUCGGGACGUCUGGUCACCCUAGGUCUAUACUACAAAUGCUGCAUUGGCGCAGCUGCAGUGCUUUGAUGAAGAUGCUCUAAGCCAGUGGAAGAGAAAUCUCCUGUUGGCUUAGUUACUUAGCUACUGCCUCUCAUGGAGAUGAUGUUGGAAGGAGAAGCUCUUCCACUGACAUAGUGCUGUCUACACAGAGGGUUAUAGUCGGUAUAACGACAUUGCUCAGGUGUGUGGAUUUUUCACACACCUGAGUGACGUAGUUGUAUUGAAGUAAGUAUGUAGUGUAGACCUGGUCUAAAUGUUUAAUUGAAGCUCAUUCUUUUGUGUAUUUGAUGUACACAAAUUGUAAAUAUUUUAUGUGUCUAGAAUACUAUUAAAAUGUGCAGUCAUUUACAGGAUAAGAUGCAGGAAACAAGAUUGAAACCCAGAAAAUGUAACAUCCAAAGUCUUUAAGCAGCUAAAAAUAUCGGCUUGAUUGAAAUGAUUGACAAUGCCUGUUUUAGAAAGCAUAGCAUAUCUCACUCCUACUGAGAUCAAACUUAACAGCCAGCCAUCUCCCAGCUGGAAGAAGCCGUGAACAGUAAUGGAAUAAAUCAAGGGCAAAGUACAAUUUUCUGAGACCUGAAGAAGAGCUCUGUGAAGCUCAAAAGCUUGUACCUUGCACCACAGAAGUUAGCCCAAUAAAAGUUAUAACCUCACCUGUCUUGUUUCUCUCAUAUCUUGGGACCGACAUGGCUACAACAACACUGAAAACAACUAUGGAAGAUAUGGAAUUUUGUGGUUUACAAUGGAAACUUCACAACAUGAAGAGGAGAGAAGCCAGAUUGAACAGUGACAUCUACUUCCUGAGAAAAUGCAAGAAACAAAACCUCUCCAGAGGACUCAAUAUCUAUAAUCCUCUGACGACUACAUACAACUCCAAAUAUGCUGAACUGUUCUGCAGAAGGACCUCAGAAAACAUGAGAACCAUCUCCUGCACCUCACAUGCUCCAGAAGAGACCACCUCAAAGAAGAAAUAAUCAGAUGCUCCCAGACAUUGGAAAGGGAAAAAAAUCAGGGAACUUACUGGGAGAUCGGGCAAGAAACCCAAAACAAUUAUCAAAAAACCCUGAUUCAGCCAUCCAACACAAAAAAAAAAAUGGAACCAACUACAGCAACUCCUCAACCAACAGAACAUCGCUCCUGGGAGAAAUCAAGACACCAUGACUUACCACAUGGACACUACAAGACAUCCUAACAUCAUCAACCUAUCAAGACUACCCCUAACCAGAUCUGAAAUGUCUGUACUCUCCAAAGGACUGAACUUCUGCUCCACCUGAGCACCUGAUAUCAUGCUAACACUUGGAGAACUAUAAGAAUUCUGCCAUUGACUCUGCCUCAAAGAAUUCUUUCACAACAAACACACCACCACCCACAACUAUCACAUCCUCACUGACAGUCAUAAGAAAAAAGAAUAAUCUGACUGGACAAUCCUAUGAUUCUAAGAACAUCCAAAUGCCAGAAAGCAAGGGGCUCACUGGUAUCAGGUAAUGAGUUUUGUGACCAGUUCAGUGUACCUAAUUCACUGUUAAAAAUUAUAUCUAUUAGGUGUCAUGUAAUGUAUCAUUGGAAGACUAAUAACUCACUGAUCACUAAUAUUCUUGCAUGAUGUAUAUGGUGUGUAUUAAAAGUUAUGGAUAUAUGCUGGAAUUAUGACUAAAGUGUAUUUAUACCAGGCAUGUUGGGGGAGUUGGUAAACAGGUCUUAAUAGACAGAGGAAUAUGUAUUUGCUUCUCUGAGCAGCCCAGUUGUCAGGCAGAGACAAUGAAGCUCCAUUUACAUAUUAGCUUGAUAGGUGAACAAAACGAACAAAUGGGGAGCAACAGCUUCCAGCAGGGAACUGACAGCUCUGAGAAUGGGGAAAGGGGAUAAAAAUCCCUGACAAGGAGAAACUAUAUAUCUCUAUAGUUUAAUCUUCAAACUAUAUCUCAGUCUUUCCAACCACACACUUAGCCCAGCAGAAGAGUCUGUCCUAUCUCGGGGACUCUCUUUCUGUCCCACCAUCCCCACGAACAGGAUACAGUUCUGCGGUGAUCUGGAAGCCUACUUUCGUCGUCUCCGACUCAAGGAAUAUUUUCAACGCACCACUGAACAGUGCACUGACCCACAGGAACCCUCCUACCAACACUACAAGAAGAAGAACUCUGCGUGGACUCCUCCUGACGGUCGAAAUAAUAGACUGGACCUCUACAUAGAGUGCUUCCGCAGAUGUGCACAGGCUGAAAUUGUGGACAAACAACAUCACUUGUCCCAUAACCUCAGCUGUACGGAAUGCAAUGCCAUCCACAGCCUCAGAAACAACUCUGACAUUAUCAUCAAAGCGGCUGACAGAGGAGGUGCUGUAGUCAUAAUGAACAGGUCGGAUUAUGAACAGGAGGCUGCCAGGCAACUCUCCAAGACCACAUUCUACAGGCCUCUAUCCUCUGAUCCCACUGAGGAAUACCAAAAGAAACUACACCAUCUGCUCAAGAAAUUCCCAGCUACAGUACGGGAACAAAUCUACAUGGACACACCCCCAGAACCCUGACAGGGGUAUUCUAUCUGCUACCCAAGAUCCAUAAACCCGGAAACCCUGGACGCCCCAUCAUCUCAGGCAUUGGCACUCUUACAGCAGGAUAAUAUCUGGCUAUUUGGACUCUCUCCUCAGACCCUACGCUACCAGCACUCCCAGCUAUCUUUGAGACACUACCAACUUCCUGAGGAAACUACAAUGCAUUGGUGUUCUUCCUGAAAACACCAUCCUGGCCAUCAUGGAUGUAGAAGCACUUUUCACCAAUAGUCCACAUGAGGAUGGACUACAAGCUGUCAGGAACAGUAUCCCUGAUGAGGCCACAGCACGCCUGGUGGCUGAGCUUUGUGACUUUGUUCUCACCCACAACCACUUCAGAUUUGGGGACAACUUAUAUCUUCAAGUCAGUGGCACUGCUAGGGGUACCCGCAUGGCCCCACAGUAUGCCAACAUUUUUAUGGCUGACUUAGAACAAUGCUUCCUCAGCUCUCGUCCCCUAGAGCCCCUCCUCUACUUGUGCUACAUUGAUGACAUCUUCAUCAUAUGGACCCACGGAAAGGAGGCCCUUGAAGAAUUCCACCUGGACUUCAAUAAUUUCCACCCCACCAUCAACCUCAGCCUGGACCAGUCCACACAAGAGAUCCACUUCCUGGACACUACCGUGCAAAUAAGCGAUGGUCACAUAAACACCACCCUAUACUGGAAACCUACUGACCACUCUACGUACCUACAUGCCUCCAGCUUCCAUCCAAGACACAUCACACGAUCCAUUGUCUACAGCCAAGCCCUAAGAUACAACCGAAUUUGCUCCAACCCCUCAGACAGAGACAAACACCUACAAGAUCUUUAUCAAGCAUUCUUAAAACUACAAUACCCACCUGGGGAAGUGAGGAAACAGAUUGACAGAGCAAGAUGGGUACCCAGAAAUCACCUACUACAGGAGAGGCCCAACAAGGACAAUAACAGAACACCACUGGCCAUCACAUACAGCCCCCAGCUAAAACCUCUCCAGCGCAUUAUCCACGAUCUACAACCUAUCCUGGAAAAUGAUCCCUCACUCUCACAGACCUUGGGAGGCAGGCCAGUCCUCGCUUACAGACAACCCCCCAACCUGAAGCAAAUACUCACCAGCAACUACACACCACACCACAGAAACACCAACCCAGGAACCAAUCACUGUAGCAAACCUCGUUGCCUACUUUGUCCCCAUAUCUAAUCUGGCGACACCAUCAGAGGACCCAACCACAUCAGCCACACCAUCAAGGGCUCAUUCACCUGCACAUCCACUAAUGUUAUAUAUGCCAUCAUGUGCCAGCAAUGCCCCUCUGUCAUGUACAUUGGCCAAACCGAACAGUCCCUCCACAAAAGAAUAAAUGGACACAAAUCGGACAUCAGGAAUGGUAACAUACAAAAGCCAGUAAGUGAACACUUCAAUCUCCCUGGUCAUUCUAUUACAGAUUUAAAAGUCACUAUCAUUGAACAAAAAAACUUCAGAAACAGACUUCAAAGAGAAACAGCAGAACUAAAAUUCAUUUGCAAAUUUAACACCAUUAAUCUGGGCUUGAAUAGGGACUGGGAGUGGCUGGCUCAUUACAGAAGCAGCUUUUCCUCUCCUGGAAUUGACACCUCCUCAUCUAUUAUUGGGAGUGGACUACCUCCACCCUGAUUGAAUUGGCCCUGUCAACACUGGUUCUCCACUUGCGAAGUAACUCCCUGCUCUCCAUGUGUCAGUAUAUAAUGCCUGCAUCUGUAACUUUCACUCUAUGCAUCUGAAGAAGUGAGGUUUUUACCCACGAAAGCUUAUGCCCAAGUAAAUCUGUUAGUCUUUAAGGUGCCACCAGACUCCUUGUUGUUUUUGUAGAUACAGACUAACACGGCUACCCCCUGAUACUAUAUAUCUCUAUGCAGCAUGGACUCUCAAGUGCAAAGUUUUCUAGGUAUUAGCAAGAAAUCCUCAGCCUUUAGCCUGGGUUAGCCCUCAGGGACAUAUUGAGCUUGCUUCUUAUAGAAGCUGCUAUUAGCUUUAGAAACUUAAGAGUGGAACUCAUCUGCGUGUAUGUUUACCUGCUUUAACUGUGUAAAUAACUCUCAUUUUGUCUUCCUAUUAAUAAAUCUGUAUAUAAUUUAUUAUAGUAUUGGCUACAAGAGUUGUCUUUGAUGUGAGCUCUAAGGGCAAUUGACAUGGGGCAACUCAUUGGCUCUUUGGGACUGGGAUUAACCUGAAUAUUAUUGUGAUUUUUGGCAUAAGGGAUCAUCUACCACAAAGGCAAGCUUGCCUAGAUGGCAAGAUAAAUUGGAGUACCCAAAGGGACUGUCUGUGACUCUAUGGUUAGUUUACAAAUGAUGGUUGAUUGGUGAAAUCUAAGUAUAGAACUCACAUCCAAUUUGGGGUUUGUGCCCUGCUUCUUACCUGUCUUCCCUGAGGUUGGUGUUCAUGCUCUUGAGGACAGUUUGACAGACAUAGCUGGGCCCACCUAACUUUUUAGUGUAGACCUGGCCUAAUGUUUUAUGUAUUGUAUUUUAUCUGUGUAGAACUUAAUAAACUGUUUGA